AUGAGCGAGCCAAUCCGCCAAGCAACCACAAGCUCAUUUCCAAUCCAAGAUCCUGAGUUGGCUCGAAAGUUAGCUGAGAUGGAGGCGCUCAUUCAACGGAUUCCUGGGAUGCCGGCUCCGAUUAAGAAGAGUGCAGCAAGCUGUUAUGCAGACUCUCCAUUCGUAGACGACAUUGCACUAGUGGAAAUGCCAAAGAAGUUCAACUUCCCAAAUAUGAAGAUGUUUGACGGGACGUCUGACCCGGAUGAUCACAUCGCACAGUAUAGGCAGAGGAUGUUCACCUUUGCUAGUAGCAGGAAACUUGAAAAGUCUGCAGAAGACCUCUACAUCAUAGUUCAACGACGGGGUGAGCCUUUACGAGAGUACGUAGGCCGCUUCAACAAAGAAAAGGUUUCUAUAACCCAUUGUAAUCAGGACACAGCCAUCUCAGCCUUCCGCAAGGGACUCCGAUCAGAGAACAGAAGGAGGGAGUACAACCGGUCGUCCGAGACACGUCUGCGAGAUGGACCAAAGAUACCAGAAUACAAUCUCUCAAUUUCACCAGUCGAAGUCGUUGGCGUACUGAAAGGACUCGGAGACAAAGUGAAAUGGCCAGAAAGGAUGAGGACUCCGUCUAACCAACGAGACAAAGCAAAAUGGUGUGAAUUCCACAAUGACCACGGUCACCGAACGGAUGAGUGCAUUGCCUUAAAACUCGAAGUAUCCAACCUGUUAAAACGUGGUCACCUGACUGACUUACUUACAGACAAAGGCAAAAGAACAUUCCAGCAGGAGGCAGACAGGUCAGUCGUCCGAAGAGAAGUAACCCCGCCGAAGCCACCUACUCAUGAACGGACGGUGAACGUAAUAACUGGUGGCUCUGAGGUAAGCGGAGUCACCCAUUCAGCAGCCAAAAGACAUGCCAGGCAGACCAACUGGGUCAAAGGAGAGUCCAGCGAGACAGAGAAGAAUACCAUCAACCUACCAGCUCAAACCAUCAGUUUCUCAACAACAGAGUCAACCAGACUCCUCAACCCACAUCAUGAUGCUCUUGUCAUUGCACUUUACAUUGCUAAUUGUCUUACUAAACGUAUACUUAUUGAUAAUGGUAGUUCAGCUAACAUUUUAUUUUUUAAGUGCUCUCAGGGAAAUGGGGAUAGAUGA